AUGUCCUCGUCACAGACCCCUGAACCUGGCUCUCCCAGACUCAUCUACAAACUCAGGUUAUCCUCUCUGCUGGAGGAACUCGACAUUCCGUUCCUGACGGAGAAGCUGAAGGCGUCAGUCUCCACGCCGGGCCUGGGCCUCGAGCCGCCGGCAGCAACGUCAAACCACAACAAGCGGCCCUCGAGUUUCAUGUCGCCAAGGAGACUCCCACCCUUCCUCGGCACAUCUGCUUCAUCGUCGUCGUCCUCCAGCGGGGAGAUCGAGGCCGGGACGCCUUCGCCUGCGGCGGCGUCCUCACCAAAGUCGUCGGCCACAGUGUCAACGACGUGCGUCAUCGUCCACUCGCCUGAGCUGCCGACAGUCCCGUCCCCCGCGACGACGUCCGAAGGCGCUGAGGGGGAGUGA